AUGCUGUCCAAGACCCUUGCUGUGCUGGCAGCAGCCAGCCUCGCCUCAGCGCAGUCGCCUUCAGGAUUUCAGCCAGGCUCGACCACGGACCUCAUCGUCUCAUACAAUGGCGUUCAAGCAAAGAGUGGAUCUGUAGUAGCUAGGGAUGGAACCGCAAGUGAACCCAAGUUGGCUACAACACAGCGUCUAAACGGCACCUCGUACGCUGUUCUGAUGAUCGAUCUCGACAUUCCGACGAACAGCCCACCACAAACCAACACACUCCUGCACUGGAUGCAGACUGAUCUCACACCCGCGACUACAGCAACCGCUCUCAACAGCAGCGGCGGAAGCGGGAACUUGUUCGCUCUGCAGACAGGCCAGACGGCAGCUUUUGCAACCUAUCUGCAGCCCAACCCGCCAGCAAGAGUGCCGCUAUCUCACCGAUACACGCAGAUCCUUGUGGACACCACUGGCGUCCAGCAGACAGCCCUCGACAGCCUCAAGUCCGCGGCCCAGAAUCGUCAAGGCUUCAAGGCACUGGAUGUGCUUACCUCAGCCGGCCUGCAGAACAAAGUAGUCGCCGGAAACUUUUACAACGUCACGAACGCUGGCCCUGCUGCUUCAUCGAAUUCCUCUUCCUCGGGAUCCAGCUCCGGCUCAGGCUCUAGCUCUGGUAGCAGUGGCUCCUCCGGCUCGAACAGCACCUCAGGAAGCGGCAGCGGCAGCAGCAGUGGCAGCGGAACUGGUACCAACUCCGGUACUAACUCAGGAACCAACGGAACGAGACCCGGAACCAGUACAAAUGGAGCUGUCGUCCAGGAGUCUAAAAGCAUGACAGCUCUGGUCCUCCUUGUCGUCGCCACACUCUGCCUGGGAGUAUAG